UCCCAUGUUACUGUACAGAGUCCGAUCUCACUUACACAUAUCCUAUACAUAUAUAUAUGCCUGUGUAUAUAUACCCCUACCCAUGCGCCCUCGUUUAUUACAUUCUCUCUUUGUGUCUCUCAGACCGAAGGUUCCUUCUCUUCUCUGUGUGUAUAGAUACACACACACACAUAUACAUAUAUAUAUUAAUGGCGGAGCUUGACUUUCGUUCAAAGACGGCGACUUCUCGCCUAAAGCUCUUCGGUUUCAGCGUAGACGGAGACAUCGACGACGAUUUCUCCGCCACUUCCACCGAUCCCACCGCCUUCCCUCCCGCUUCCUCCGCCGUCUCUGUAGCCGGCGAACGCGGCGGCGGAGGCGACCGGAAGUACGAGUGUCAAUACUGCUGCAGAGAGUUUGCCAAUUCCCAAGCCUUAGGCGGCCAUCAAAACGCACACAAGAAAGAGCGUCAGCAACUCAAACGCGCUCAGCUUCAGUCAUCCCGUAACAUCGCCGCCGCCGCAAAAUUUUCCGUCGUCGCUCCGGCUGCUGCGCCAUCGUUCGUCCGUAACCCCAUCGUCUCCGCCUUCGCUCCGCCGCCGCAUCUCCUGUCCUCCGCCGUCCCUCCCCCGUUGCCGGCUGCGGCUGGCGGAGCUGGAGGAAGCCCGUGGGUGUAUUUCCCGCGCGUUUUGCCCGCACAGAUCCACGUGUCACACGGAUACAUGAUUCAAGGCACGAACGAUGGAAACGGCGGAGCUAUGUCGCCGGCGGUCGGGUUCCGGCACUUCUGCGUCGCAGGAGAUUCCGGCCUCGGGGUUGUUGAACCUAACAUGGGCCAGGUUCAGGCCCAUGAGAUGAUAAGUAAUGGGCCUUCAUUGAGUGGGUUUACAAAAGGCGAUGUGGGACCCGCUUUUGACGAUGGCUUGGGCUUGAAUUUGCAUCUGAGCCUCGCACCAGCUGGUCAUUGACGAUUUUGUCCCUCGUAUUAGACGGGGCUUUUUGUACAUUUUUCUCAAUUUAUUUUCUUAAUUUGGGAUUUGCUCUAGUAACCAUGGAACGUUAGUGUUUGAUUAAGUUUAUAAAUUAACUUAAAUAGAGUCGUUUUCAGAUAAUUAAAGUAAUCCUAAAUUA